GCUGUGCUCGGGGCUGCCGGAGGUGCAGAAGGAGCGGAGCUGCUCCCGGGCUCAGCGGUCUCAGCCCUGCUUUUAGGGGAUGGAGUAGCAGAGGCACCACAAUGAAGGUCAAUGUAAGUACUGGAUUACUGUAUUUCUGGUGGACUUAAUUUAACUGUGUGGUUUAUCAUACUGGCAGCGGAAGUGCAUUUAUCUGAGACCUGCAUCUGCCAGAGCUGCUUCUCAGUGUGUGCUGCUGCUCUUGUUUACGGGUUGCUGUCAAGGUGUGUGGUCUGAACUCUCGAAACACAAUAUGGGUUGCCUGGUGCAGUGGCUGGCAGUCCUGUCUGGGGUGUGGGUUGGAACCAAGUGACCUUUGAGGUCCCUUCCAGCCCAACAACUCUAUGAUUCCAUGAGUUCAACUGAAGAAGUGCCUCACUGAGAAGAGCAGCAGUAAGGCUGGUAAGGGUGAGGUUUUGUAUCACGAGUACUGGGCAGUAAUGUGUGUUGCUGAAAGGUUACACAAGUGGGGGCUGUCAGGAUGCCCUUUACCCUCCCUUUUUCCUUGGAAAUAAUUAGCAUGAAGAACUAGAAGUUGAAUUUUACUUCAAGAGAAAGAGGAUGCUGCACGUAUGGUGAUUAGGCACUGACCUUAAGGCUACAGGUAACGGAAACGCUUUAACAGCUUGAGUCACUCUGCUGAAGCAGUGUCAGCAGAACGCAGGCUGUGUGCUCCCUGGGAUAGGGACUGACCACGUCCUACGCUGCUUCUGCAAACACAACCGAAGCUCCAAAGCAGAAAGCAGCAGUGGUGCUGUUUGCUUUUAAGAAAUACUGCUCCGCUUUGAAAUAGCGGUGAAAUAUUUGGAUGAAUGAAACCCAGUGUGUAGUUACGUGCCGAUGUUUUGCCCCAGUGUAUGAGCAGACGCGGGGUAGGAGCUGGUCUUGUGCUAAGCAAGGGCUGUCUGGCUGCCCACAGCAGUGAAUCUCUGCGCCCAACAGCACAGCUGAGCUCCGGCAGCUGCGGCUCCAGGCAGGACCUGCAGUCAUUGAGUGCCCCACAUUAACAGCCACACAGUGCAGCACGUGUUGGGUGUGGGGGCGGGUGGGAGCACAUCUCCUUCAUUUCCUGGAGAAUAUUUUGAUUUUCAGUUGAGGUCUUGUCCAAAAUCUUAUCUUAACAAGUAAUCAUGGUAACGUUUUUGAGCAGACAGCUGCAGUGAGGGAGAUGGAGGAAGCUGGAGUGCCUGGAAGCUGUGGUGCUGCUGCUGAUUCAUUAUGAAUCAGAGAGAGCAGCCCCCCCUGGGCCUCUGCCAUCCUCACGGCAUCAAUAGAAGCUCUGCUGCAAGGUGUGGGGUGAUGGAGUGUCCGCUUGUGCACCCGGCUGGAGAGCAGGCAGCAGUUGCUGCUUGUGGGUGUCCGUCCCACUGCGACCGGUGAUUGGUGGUUGCUCCAGGCAGCUGCUCCCAUAGGGACCUCUGCCCGUGCCCUGAACAACCACAGCUAAGCAGCUUUUUGCUGCUUUGUGUAUCUUAAAGUUCACGUGUGGAAAUAAGUGUUGUGGUAAAAUACAGUUAACAUACUAAAAGAUUUAGAAAAGACUCAGAGAAGUAAAUUAAUUGGAGCAUGCAGGCAAAUCCUUUGGAUAGCAGCAGGAACCAAAGGCCAGAAAUGCAUACAUUCCUUCUUGAAAUGUCAGGAAAUGGCAGUUUAUUUUUCCUUCAACUUGGCAUGGAAGCGUUAUGGAAGCAUGGGAACGGAAUCCUGACUGUGCACAGGCGAGGGGGAGAUGUGUGCUGGCUUAGAUGGAGCCAGGCUUUGGUCAACAGCUUGCGUGGAGAAAAGAGGGCUUGGGGAGAAUGAGCAGCACUGCCCUGUGAUUCCCAUCACUGCACUGAGGUUAUGGGGCUUUUGGUGUGUUGGGGUUUUUGUGUGUUGGGAGCAGUGCUGGGUAAGGCACCAAUUAUAAAGAUGUAAAGUACAGAGAGUGACUGCCUUGCGUUAGGCCAAUUGGUCUAAAAUUCAGUGGAAGUGGGUACACAAGAAAUUUGUUCACCUCUAACUUAACUGAAGCUGUGCUUCCGGAGGCCUUAUGGUGCAAAGCUGCUUGGUAUGGUUGGCUGUGUGUGACCAAUGAACAUUGCAGAAAUGAGGUCACAGAAUCCCAUAUGUGGGAGAGCAGCACCUUAGAAAUAGGUUGCUGAGGAUGCAGCCUCUGCCCUCCAGGUCUGUGCUCCGUCAUUGCCUCACUAAGCAGAGGGGGGGUGUCAGCAACGUCCUCCAAAGUGCUUUCCCAUGGGGUGAUGAACCGCCCUUUAAGAUGUGCUUCAUCUCAGGGUAGUUUUAUAGGGCUGCUAAUAGGGAAAAAGCAACAAAUGCCAAAGAAAAAACACUUUGAUCUCAUCUGCAUUGCUUUAGUGCUUGUUACAUGUUGGUCGUUGUAAGGACGCAUGAAUGAGAUGACACAAAAUAACACAGAGCGAUGCACAGCCGCCCCGAGAUGGCAUUCUGCAGACGAUGCUGUCACACCGCUUCCACUCCGCUGCUCAUGAAGGAAACAUGCAGAUCCCAGUGGCCCCACAGUGCAGCUUCCUCCCAGUGAAACAUCCCAUAAAGUCUCUGAGAGCCUGGGAAUGCAAAGCUUGUUUACGGUUAAUGGAAGGUCAGGGAUGCUUCUGCUUACAGGACGGGAAGGGGCUGCCACAGUGAUUCUUUACAUAUGUCCUGGGCAGCUGAAAGCAGAGCUACGGCCCGCCGUGUGGCACACAGCCUGGGUAGGUGAGCUGAGCUGUGCUGCAGGUGACCUUGUGCCACAGAGGAGAAAAGCAGCCAACACACAGAAAGCUCUUUGCUGACAGAACUACAGCACUCGCCAGUACCAAAACUAGCUGAUUCCCUGCCUUCUUGUAUGUAUUUCCCAUAAAAUAAACUCGCCAGUACCUGUGAUGUUAGGCACUGCUGUGAGUUUGUUGCAUUACCUUUUACUGGUAUUAGGCUGAUCUUCAACAGCGAUUUCAUUAUCCUGAGCUAGCACACACUGAAGCCAUAGCUGGUGCACCUAAAACCAACAGAACUUACACUGCUUCCAUGCUGCCUUUGGUAGUAAUGAUGCAUAAAAGAAAUGCCACAUGGGUCUUAUCUUACAAUAGAGGAGCAAAGAGAGCACAGAACAAGAUGUAAAGGCAGACCUGUUUGAUCUUUCAUUUCUGUUACACAUUGAGAAAAUGUUCCUUUUUGUGUUCUUAGAGAUGGGAUUUCAGCAGGAAUUCAGACACUUUCAGUGGUGUGCCAGAGCUUGUGUUGGUUUUGCAGUGAGUUGCUGCAAAUUUCUGCCUGGCGGUAGGCACUGAAAAUGCACUGCAGAGUCUCUUUGAGGAUAGAAAUUGGUGGUUGUGUGUCUUGUGGUUUGGUUUUCUUGUUUUAGUUCUUGUGGUGUGAUAUAAGGAUGCAAAAGGAGGAUUGAGUUCAAGAGUUCUGCCUGAAACCUUCCUGUAGUUUGAUGGUUACAACUUAGUUAUCUAUUUUCUUACCUGUUUCUGCCUUCUGUAAAACUCUUUCCAAGGUUAGUUUCAAGGAGAAAGGAUAAGAAAGCUUCACUGAAAUACCUUCCUGAGUUUCUCUGCCCUCCUUCAAAUAUGCUGAAAAAUGUCACAAAGGGAUCACAUGGUCUUAAAUUCAAUCUUUCCCCGCCAGUAAAAUCACUGCAGCAGCAAAGAUGGGGUCAGCUGGAAUAAAUCCUCUCACCAAUACCUGCUGAGGUCACGUUUGGGUGUUGCUGAGUACCACUGGGGGUCAUUCUGUAACUGAGAUGGUGGUCCAGAUGUGCACAGGCUGUGAUGUGUGCAGGUCAAAUCCUGACCUGGUGAAAAUCAGCACAUGUACUCAAUAACAAGUGCAACUUGCAGUUGGAUUUCUGUAAUGUUACAACUUUUAUACAUUGGCUUGGGAAAUGCUGGUGCCUGAGCACCCUUUAAAACCGUACUGUGACCCGAAGUCUCUUCCUCCUCCUUUUACUGGAGCUGGGAAGAAGGCUUUGCUGUUCAGAGCAGCAGAGAGGGGCUCUGUUCCCAGGGUCAGCUCUCCUGCAUGAGCUCAGAUAAGGCUCUGUACCUCAGCUGCCUGUUUGCAUGAUGAGGAUGGUUCCUCUGUUCCUGUGCCCAUCCUUUUGAGGUCUUACGAAGAAGGUCUGUCUUUCAGCGUGUAGAGUGCUCAACAAAAAGGGAGCAAAUGCCAGGAGAGCUCUGGAGAUGUCCCUGACUAACAGCAGGAAAAGUUGGGUGGGGUGUUGGGGUUUUUGGUUGGUUGGCUUUGUUUGGUUGUCCAUUGGGGAUUUUGGGGGGUUGGUUGGUUUGGCUUUUGGCAUUUGUUUUGUUUUUCCUCUUAGCUGUAACAAUGUGUGAAGUGCAGGCACAGCCUGUGCUGCUCUCUGAUGGGAUUCCUGGCGGGCUGACUUCAGCACAGGUGGAUCAGAGAGAGCAUUUGGCACUGCCCGAAGAGAAAGCGGGCUGCCAUGUCCAAGGCAAGAGGGCUGCUUUAAUCAGAGCAUGCCAUAAGGUAAAUGGGACUGUUGCUGUCUGUCUCUGACAGCUGCUGAUGGACAAGUCCAUGCAUCAUAACAAGGCCAUUGUUCACUGCCAUUCUCCUGAGGAAGGGUGUGUUGCUAACAGCAGGCUACUUCCAUCAGCUGAGCUGACAAAUGGGCUUGCUGCUGCUUCAAACCAGCUGUCACUUUACAGCAAAUGCUCUGCACAAAAAUACAAGGCAUCACGUUUCCUAUUUGGGUGCUAUCUCUCUGGACGUUACUUGUACUUUCUGCUAAGAAACUAAUGCUGGAGCAUCCAGUGGGAAGCAGUCAGUUGCAUUUUAAGCUGAAAGCAAACAGUAUACGCGAAAGCACUGCAGCUACAGGUCUUUCCACCCUUUGCAGAAAUGCCUCAGAUGAAUGAAGCUACCUGCUGCUGCUGCUUUUCAUUCUUUCAUCCCAUACAGAGUAAGCAACCCUAACCCUAAAUCGAUGUGCUAAAAAUAAAGCGUUAUCACUCAUGAUUGCCAGGCUGUAUGUAAGCUCAGCUGAGGCAGGUAGAGCAGCCCUGUGGUGAUGAAGCUUGGAAAGUAUGAAUAUUUUCUUUCCUACAGGUUUCCUGUGAUCUGUCAACUCUGUUCUUCGCUGGCUUCCUGUAUGUAUGUAUAUAUUUUAAAAAGAGAGAGGUGAGGUGAUAAGAGCACUGUUGGAGAUGCUGAGAGAUAAUGAAUGCUUCAGUGCACGGUGAUGUCUGUGUCAUGGGGAGGACAAGGGCACUGUUCCAGUUGCUCUCACCUGAAGCUGAGUUCCCGGCUGCGCUACCCAGCCAACACAAUGAGCAGUGCGUGAGGUGUCACUGCACAGGGCUGGGAGUUUCUCCCUGAGCUGAAUGACACGCGUUGUUGGCCUGGGAUCUGUGAGGCAAUAGGACACAGCUCUCCAGCCUGACGGAGAGCCGAGAUGGGCACAACUGGAGCUGAUGCUUUCAGUGCUGCUGCCCCAGCACUGCCAGCAGACUGAGCUCAUCAGCACUGCUGCUGGGUUUGCCUUCAUAAGGCUUGGCGGACAGAAGAAGCAUUUAAGGGAAAAUAAGUAGGGUGUUCAUUUCUUUUUCUAUUAAGAAACAGCUAAUUGCUAAUGUGCAGCUGAAGCCCUCAGAUAAACGAGGUGGCAGCCAGGGAGGACAAGGUUUAUUUUUGGCUGGGUGACGCAUUUCCUCUGACUUCUGACAAACAAUUCACAGGAUGCUCAUGGGGAAAACCACUGGUUUUUCAUAGCAUGGUGCUCAUGAAGGCCAGGUAAUGAAUGCCAGCCACGCUUCCAAGGCCUCAGUGGGAGAAGCAAUGCAGAAACAUACAGUAGGGUUAUUACUUCUGUACAACAUAGCAGACAGAUGUUAGAGGCAGUUGACGCUCUGAAUCCACAGCUCUGAGAUACGGUCUUUAAUUCCAGCCCAUGCAUUUCGUAUCAAAUUGAGAUGACGGUGGAGGUGGGCGCCGUGCCGGUGCUCUGCUCUGCUGCCGGUGUGACACUGCUGUGUUCUCUCCCUCAGAACGCGCUGGCGAAGGCUCUGUAUGACAACAAGGCGGAGUGCUCGGACGAGCUGGCCUUCCGUCGAGGGGACAUCCUGACGGUGCUGGAGCAGCACGUUGUUGGCAGUGAGGGCUGGUGGAGGUGCUCACUGCACGGACGGCAAGGCCUGGCUCCUGCCAACCGCCUGCAGCUCCUGGCGGGCCCGCAAGCCCUGCCACCUCCUACCAUCCCCAGCGAUGCUCCAGAGCCACCCGUGGCCCCACAGAAUAUCUACCAGGUGCCCUCCGUGCCCAAAGGCACUGCGUCAUCCUCUACCUAUGAGAAGAUGGAGGGGUGGGUGACAUCGCCGGCUCGGGCUGCCACCCUCCCUGCCCAGGGGGUCUACCAGGUGCCGGCCUUGGCUGCACAGCUGCUCAGUGAGAGGACACGGUGCUCCACGCAGCAGCACCUCUUCACUCUCCCGAGAGCAUGCCGGGCUUCAGUGCCAAACAUCACCAGUGAGCUGUACGAUGUCCCAUCCAUGCAGAGCCGGGAGUCCUUACUCACACAGAGUGGUGCCACUCCACCUGCAGCACGAAAGGGCUCUGUGCUGCUCAGAUCUCCCAGGUGCUUCCAGGAAGAGCAGCAGUUCUACAACGUCCCAUCCAGCUCAGAGAAGGCUGGAGCUGUUAUCCAGGAUUCAGCAGUGGGCAACUUGUAUGAUGUCCCUCCCAAAAGAGAAACCGAUGCUUCAAAGAAGAAAUCUCAGAAGAAGUACUGGGGUCACUGUAACACCCUGCCAAAUCCUCGCAAGUCAGAAUGGAUUUAUGAUAUUCCAAUAUCACCUGAAAAAACAGGAUUAAAACAAAACUCGUCUGUCCAUUCCACGGAGAACCAGGUGCUAUAUGACAUACCCCCGGCCAGGUACAAGGCACUAACAACAAAUGCCGAAGCCAAUGUUGUAAAUCCACAGUUGUAUGAUAUUCCACCAACACAACGGAAAUUAACAUUUCCAGAUGUCCCUCUUUAUGACGUUCCAUCCUCAAAGGAUGUUCUCUUGCAGCAGAAUGGUAGCUGUGAUGUACCCCCAAGUCUCCCGGCUCCGAAUGCUGAGAAUCAGAUUUCUGGAGGGAAUGUCUAUGAUAUCCCAAAAGGUUUGCCCACUGCUAUGCAGCCUAAGAAAGAGAUGGAAAAAAACAGCAACCAUUCUGGAAACCAGGCAUACCACAUCCCAGCACAGCUCUCAAGAGACACCAAACCAGAACACGACAGAUUACCGAUGUGUGGACAUGACAAUAGUGCGGACAGCAAAAACAGCACUAUUUCUAUGUCCUCAAACUCUUCUUCUGAGUCUUCUUCUGCAUCAUCAUCAGAAGAGCCUGACAAAGAAAUUAAGCUGGACCUCGAGGUGGCCAUAGAGACGCUGACUAGAUUGCAGCACAGCGUAUCUAGCUCAGUUGCAAGUUUAAUGAUCUUCGUGAGCAGUAAAUGGAGAUUACAAGAGCACCUAGAGAAAAACAUUGAAGAAAUCCAUAGGGCCAUUGAUCACAUAAAAGUGUCACUUGGAGAAUUCUUGGCCUUUGCUCGAGCCUUAAAGGUAAAUGCAUCCUACCUCACUGAUAACAAUCUUCAGAUCAGAAUUAAGAAGCAGCUAGAGAUUCUUAUGAACUCAUUCCAAAUCUUGACAGAAACAAGAGAAGCUCUAAACAACUGCAACUGGUCUUUGGAGGCUUUGGUCCUCAAGAAACCUUACAGCAACCCAGAUGAUCUUGAUCGCUUUGUUAUGGUUGCCCGCACGAUUCCAGAUGAUCUCAAGAGAUUUGUAUCCAUCAUCAUUGCCAAUGGAAAGCUUCUCUUCAGAAAGAAUGAGAAGGAGCAAGAAAUGAAGCAACCGAGAGUGAGCCCAGGAUAUAAAAUGCCAAAACAAAUCACGUCACCAAGAAGAAUAGAAAUAGAUUCACUUCCAGUGAGCGCUCCUGAUAAGCCCAACCCAAGUCAAGGCAGCAAUGAGACGACAAAAGAAAAUGUCUCUGAGGACUGUGAAUACGUUCAGCUACAGGCACAGAAAAUAAUUUCUGGUAAAGAAGUGUCAGAGAAGAGUACAGAUUCAAAACCAAAGGUGCUGCCAUCUACAAAAAAGAAUGCAGUUCGAAGCCAGCAAGAUUCUGCAAAAAAAGUUGUCAUCCCAGAGCAGUGCAGGCUGUGCUUCGGUGCCCUUCACAAGGCCAUUGCUGUGUUUAAUAACAGCCUGAGCAGUAAGCAGCCGCCUGAGGUCUUCAUAUCCCACAGCAAAUUGAUCAUUAUGGUGGGGCAGAAGAUAGUGGAUUCUCUCUGCCAGGACACACAACUGAGAGAGGCCCGGAGCGACGUUCUGCACAGCAGCAGCCGGUUUUGCAGCCUCCUGAAGAACCUGGCUCUCGCCACCAAAAAUGCUGCAAUCCAAUAUCCGAAUGCAGACGCGAUGAGGGAACUUCAGAAUAAAAAUGAUGAGCUGUAUAAAUACACCCAGCAGUUCAGAGCGAUGUUAGAAUGAGUGACCUCGCUUUUUAUUAUAACAAUUAUUAGUAUUUUGAACAGUGGUCGAAACUUGAAUUUCUGUGUUGUUACAGUUCUCUCUUCACCCCCUUGGCAGCCAAAGGGCAGGAGCAGCUCAGUGGUGCCUACCCUCAGUCCUGCCAAGCACCCCUGCCAGGCGGUUUCCCUUGGGUACUGCUGCACCUCUAGCAGGUGGAGACCCACACAACAGCAGAUGCAGGAGGGAAAUGUAGAAUUAAAUGUGUGCUUCCCUCCCUGCUCUUCAGACUUUGCCUAGAAAUGUUGUCCUCUUCCUGUCGGGGCAGGAAUUUUUGCUGAGGAUUUGAGCAAAUGUUAUUAACUUUUUUUUAUUAUUUUAUUUUUUUUUAAUUUCUACACGUGUCAAAAAUAUAUUUUCCUAUUUUUUUUUCUGAGUAUGUAGAGUCUCUCUUUGCAUUUAUCUGUGCCCCACUCUGUAAGCUGUGAUAUAUUACUAUGUGUACCACCAGCAGCGGUUCCCGGAGCACUCGACUCAAAUCUGGUUUUGAUUUGUUCCCACGAGCGUUACCUUUGCAGCUGUUUGAUGUUCCAACGCCAUGAAUGCAUCGCAGGACAAACUGCACCUCACUGCUGUCGGCCAGAAAUGCUCCAGCUGCUGUCUGAGCACAAACAGAACGCCUGCAGAGUUCUGCUUCCCCACAGCCGCAGCUCUGGGGAUCGCAGCUCCGUCACUGCCCGAAGCCUGCAGGCAGCGCCUCCGUAUCCCACCCCGCCUCUAAUGUCAGCCAUCGUGUGUCACCUCCUCUGUCCCCAGAGCUGCUGGUCUGAAGCAGAGCGAUGCGGGCCCUGUGAGCAUCCGUGCGGACUGUUCCUAUCCCGGUGCUGUUUGUAUUUAUCAUGACUAAUUUAUUUAAAAGUUUUAUCUGAAUGUUUUAAAGUCUGGCCUCUCUUGGUAGCGCGUGCCUGCAUUUUCACCCUGAGGUGGGGUGGGUCGGUUGGUAUUUGCAGCUGUUUGCUGCUGUCGUUUGUGUCUGCGCAACGAACGGCCCCAUCACUGUCACACAUUCCCCCUGCAGUCAUGCUUUGUACGGUGAUUUAAAUGCCGGUAUAGAAUCGUAGCUUGGGUUGGAGGGGGUAUGUCUGAUGUGGCCGCGAAUCCCCCAGAAUGUGUGUUCUGCCCCGAUUUCUUCCCAUAAAUAAAUAAACCAACGAACGAAUGCACAACUCAAUGAAGGAAAGCGGCUUCGGGCACGGAGGGGGGCCGAGGGCGCCCCCUGCUGGGCGCGGCGCUACGCUCUGAGGGCGGCCGCCUGCCCGCUGUGAGCCCCGCCCCCUGAUGCUGAUUGGUGAGCGGCCGCUGUGACGCUUUCGGGGAAGGCCGGAAGUCCUCAACCGGAAGUUUGUCGCCCGUCGGGGAAAGAUCACGGAAGCGUAGCGUGAUGGGAUGCGAUGGCGGCACCAUCCCCAAGCGGCACGAGCUGGUCAAGGGGCCUCGCAAAGCUGUCAAGGUUG